AUGGAUAACGAAUCACCAACGUUGUAUCUCUACUUUGUCGCUUUCGUAGCUUCUCUAAGCUCCCUUCAAUUCGGCUUUCACAUCGGAGAACUUAACUCGCCUCAAAAAGUUAUUUCCUGUGAGAGUCUACCACCAGACACUCAUAACUCAUCGUUUCCCUCAUGUAUACGAAUGACCUCUAUACAAUAUGCAUUUGUAACCUCGAUAUUUAACCUUGGAGGUUUAAUUGGCUCGUUGUUAGCAUCACGUGUCGCAGAUAGUAAAGGAAGAAAAUGGACGUUGUUUUAUAACAACUUAUUUUUGAUUUUGGGACCUUUGUUCAUGGGAUCUGCAUUUUCGGUUUUUUCGUUGGCUGUUGGACGUGCACUUUCUGGGAUUGGGUCUGGUGUGGUUACUGUAGUUGUUGCCAUGUAUUUAUCGGAAGUAUCUACGCCAGAGUAUAGAGGCACUUUUGGUGUAAUGAAUCAACUUGGAAUUGUUAUUGGAAUAUUAUUUGCACAAGUGGAAGGACUUUAUCUUUCAACGAUUCCCGGAUGGCGUCUUAUUUUAUUGACCGGUGGAAUUAUAGGAUUAAUACAGACGAUUUUAUUGGGAUUCGUCGUUGAAUCACCGAAAUAUCUUGCCACAUUACCAGAUGGAUAUACAGCAGCGAAAAAAUCUUUACAAAAAUUACGCGGGACAUUAAAUGUCGAUUCUGAAUUAAAUAGUUGGAAGCCGAUGGCUGCUGGCGUGUUAGAAGGAUUAAUAUCUGGAAACGAAGAUAACUUUGAAGUUGAUUCUCCAUCUGUAGUAGUAGAUGGUGAUGAUGAUAAUAAUAAUUCGGAAACACCAGCUGUAGUUUUUCAUGCACGCAAUCGAGAUGCUCAUGAUGACAUUAAUUUCUGGAAAUUUAUUUCAAAUUCACAUUAUCGACCAGCCUUAAUUGUCGUUCUUUUACUUCAAUUAACACAACAAUUCUCCGGAAUCAACGCGGUGAUGUUCUAUUCGACUACAAUCCUUGGUGAAAUUAUACCCGACAAAAGUGAGCUUGUCACAGUCUAUAUCAGCAUCGUAAACACCAUAAUGACAGUAGUUUCGGCGGUACUAAUCGACAAAGCUGGACGAAAAAUCCUACUACUCUUCUCCAUCUCUUCGAUGGCUAUGGCGAGUACAGUACUAGCAUUUAGUAUUACCCAAGAUUACGCCAUUCUUGCCGCGUUAUCGAUAAUUUUAUUCGUGGCUACUUUUGCGAUUGGCCUCGGACCGAUCCCGUUCUUGGUCACCCCCGAAAUCGUCGAUAUUCAUGCCGUCGCGACCGCUGCUAGUUUGGGUAUGUCGUUGAAUUGGAUCUCGAAUUUUACUGUCUCGCUUCUGUUUUUGAGCGCUAAGGAAGCGCUUGGGGGUAACGUUUUUUACUUUUUCACGGGAGUUUUGAUUGUGGCAUUUUCUUUGGUGAGACGGUAUAUGCCGGAGACAAAGGGAAAAACAGUUGAAGAGGUUUGGAAAAGUUGA